GGCAUCGUUAAGCGCUGUGCGCGAUUGUCACUCCUGGUAGCCUGUAAUAACGGCCUCGAGUCAACAGCGGGCAGAAGGGAGUCUAAGGGUGAUGAGUCAGGCCGUUGGGCUAAGGUCAACCCUAAGGCACCUCGGGACCACAGGUACAAACCCCCAGACCCCCAGGAAGGGGGCUGGGGGAUAACGUCAUUCCCAAGGCCCCUCCAGACGGUUCCAGAAGGGAGGAGUGGCUAGGGCGGAGUGAGCCAGAAGCGAGUUUCAAAGAAGGUCCCCUGAAAGGGACCGGCAGUUGUCGUCAAGCAGAAGACCUUGUCAGGGCCAGGACCGAGUGGGCCAGUGGUCGGGACCCGAGGACCUUGGCUAGGUCGGGUCAGGCUAGCCUCCCCUAGGUCCCUCUAGCCGGAGGGCUGAUAUAUAGAGAGUGGUCCCAGUGAUUAGGACACGCUCGCCCGGAGGUUAUACCUCCCCAGGGUAUUGGGUGGAAGGGGCCGAUACCCCUUUGUGUCAGGAACCUUGUGUUACUGUUGUUAUAAAUAAACAUGUUGCCUCCAGAAGAAGUGAAGUCUUCUCAAGCAAUGGAAUCGGUGUCUCUGCAACAACAAAGGAACAGACCGGUGCAUGUAUUGUUUGUACAGCUUGUAUGGCUUGUACUGUUUGCAUUUGUUAUCAUUGUGAUAUCGACGUUCAUAUUGAAAGCAGGGUUUGGUCGGUAUCCUGCAAAAUCCAGUCAGAAUUGUUUAGAACUAAGUUCCAACCGCUGCCGAAUCGCACGACCGAACCAGGACUCCAUUGUACCUGCAUCUGAUCCACCUGGCACCGAAAGCAAUGACGGCUCUUUCUGCGUUAGAAACAUCGCAAGAGAGACUUGGAUCAAUAAAACCUACGCCAAGCUAACAUCUGGGAAACCUCCCUCGACGUCGGAGAAGAAAGAGAGGUGGCACAAUUUGACGUGCAGUCACCGGUCGAGCAGCUUCUUUGAGGUGGUGGAUACGAACAAAAGGUUACAUUGCGGGGGUUACCUGACAGUCACUGUGUCCAUGCGGGACGCGCACGGCAAACCCAAGCUGUACGGCGGCGACUUUAUUGUGGGGAGGCUUUUCAACAGUGAGCUGGGUGCGGCCGUGUCGGGGAGCGUGCACGACAUCGGCAACGGCUCCUACCGGCUGAGUUUUCCGCUGCCCUGGACUGGCAACGCAACCAUCGCCGUGCGGCUGCUACACUCAAGAGAGGCGGUCAACGCCCUGAACUACGUGCGCGAGAAUUUUCCAGAGAAGAUAGCCUUCCAGGCCGUGUUCCGCAAGAUACCCGAGUCACCCAAGACCACCAAUUGCUACAUGACCAGCGUGGAGAACUUAAACCUCCCCAGCAGCAGUAAGGAUCGAGGCGAUAGAGGUGGUGUUGUAGAUGAUGCCGAAAGAGAUGGAAACAUUUGCAGCCUGACCGACUCCAAGCUGUGCGAACCCUGGUUGUGCAUCAAGCCAAAUACAUCCCUGUGCAAGUCUCUUCAACACUUACAUUCUUAUAACUACGAGGCAAUCCCUUGGGGAGAUGAGUACCAGGAGCUUUUUGAAAGUGAAAAAGCUCAAGAACCUUUGAAGGCAAAUGGGCAGUCGCAGAUUUUUGUUGAAAAUAAUGAUAGGGUGAUCCCGUCCCAGCAUCGGUGUGAACCCGUGAUGUCGCUUCAGCCCUCUGGCCACUACUUCAGAAAUGAGUGGAACCCGCUGGGGUACACACUGAAGAGGUUCAGUCGCCAGGACGUGGUCACCUGCCUGCGGGGAAGACAGGUCUUGUUCUUCGGAGACUCCACCAUCGUCCAAUGGUGGAACCACUUGACCGCCAUGGUCCCCACGUUCAAGAAAAUAGAUCUGCACAUACAAGAGAUACACAGGCCCUUCCACGCCAUUGACACGGUCAACAAGAUCACCAUGAGGUACUUCCCACACGCAUACCCCUUCAUCUGCGCCAAGCUGCAGCGCGCUGUCGACUUCACUCCCUGCGCCAAUGCCAUCGACAACCUGCGGGGUGGGAAGGACACGGCGUUGGCUCUGGCGCUGGGUCCCCACUUUACACCAUUCCCGCUGCGCGUCUUCCUGGCGCGAAUCUUCAACAUCCGCGAGGCCGUGAUCGGUCUGCUGAAGCGCAGCCCCAAAACGGCCGUGGUGAUCAGGCUGGUGAGCACACGAGAGCUCAUCCUCGAUUAUGCACGCUUCAGUAACUGGUUUCUGUUCAAGUUUAAUGAGGCCCUGAGGGCCGCAUUCCAGGACAUCAAAGGCGUGGCUUUCGUAGAUGCAUGGGACAUGACGGCAUCGGUGGAUUCUUACCAGCUUCACCCAAACAGCGUUAUUGUCAGCAACCAGGUCAACGUCUUCCUGAACCACAUCUGCAAGCAAGGUUAAUGACACUAUGUAAAAUUACAUAUCGAGGAAAGGCUUAAUGAUUCUUGACUAAUUUUCAGGAGGGGUAAAGGUGGGACGUGUGGACAACGUCCAAACGUGUUUGCUGGACACAGGAAUUAACACACCCAGGAGACUCCUCGUGGCCUGGUUCUGGAGUGGGGGGGGGGGGGGGUGUGGGAUUGGGGUGUAGUGAGGUGAGGGUAUUGUAUACGGCCCUUUUUCCACAAUUAAUAUCCAUAAGAAUAUUGACCGAAAGAUACAUAGAGAUUUUUUAGUGACAAAAAUUCAUUAAUAAAAACACGUAAGCCAGUCACACAGGAAAACCAAAUGUCGUUCAUAAACAAAGCCAUAAAUAAAUAAAGGAAUAAUAAACUCUCGAGGCAAGGAUGUUAACAGCCAUCUGCGAAAAUCACCAGAUGAACAAAGCUGUUUGAUGUGACCCUAAAGAAGGGUCACCCAGAGGGGAGCCCCUCAGGAGGGUAGACACAUUGGUGCCACUCGCUUGAACCAAUUUGUUUCUUCCAUUACUAUUGGGGUAACGUUAAAGUUCAAAUCCCAACAACCGGAAUAAGCUAAAAUUAGCGAUCCUCACGCUCACUCCAAUUAAGACCAGGCCACCAGAUACAUCAGUGAAUCAUUACCCAAUUAUUAAUUCGAUAUCAAAUGAUUUUCACCUUUAAUACUUUUACUGUUAAAUCACAAGCUUGGGGACAGAAAUACCGAGUCGCAUCAAGGGUUUUCGAGGAGAAAUGAGGCGAACGGGCAAACUUACGAAACGAGUUAAACAAUAUUACAAGAGACUCCCGACCGUCUUUGUCUCUCACGCAGCGCGAGAGAGAAGGGAAUUUCACACCGAUGUGCGGGGCUUAAUAAUGGCCCCACCCCACCCCGCAAACACGGGCAGACAAGUCACUGGCAGCAAAGCCAGGCGAGCAAGCUUUAAGUUAAAGAAAAAUACAAAAUAUAUGUGGCAUACAUAACAUUAAUAAUAACGUGUUCACCUCAAACGAUAUUCCAUAUUAUAACCUUACAGAACCAAGGGAUAUGUCACAGACAAUCAAGAAACGGACCUCUUAAACUCAGGAUAAAUUUUUUAUAUAUAUAAUAAUAACUCUAUCAUAAUGCGAAUCUCAGUAACCCGAGAGGUGCGUCGGGAGGACAGAGUUACAAAUCACGAGCCUUGGUGAACAUAAGACCAAAUGGUAUUUGAGAAACAUUCAACCGAGGGCAACGGAGAGAGAGAUCCCGGCCGCCUUUGUCUCUCCACGCAGCACGUGAUAAGAAUAUGCAUACGCUCAAGAGAAAGCAUCUUCACUUGAAAAUAAAAUCAAAUACCCUAAAUCACAAACAUAAUCAUAGAUGCGAAUGGUACGAUACCAACUCUAUCGUACCUGUGAUGGGAUAAAUGUUAAACUUUAAAACUUUACCAUUUCUUUGUGCGAAGAAAACUUGUACAAGGGGGGGGGGGGGGGGGGGGGAACCCGCCCCUCCCUCCGGAUGGACAGCGUAGACAGACAGACGCCUUCGAAAUGAAUUGAAGCGCCUGUUUCCUUUGAUGGUUUAUGGCUUGAGGAAGACCCGAACAGAACCAUGUCAUAAAUGACACACUCACACAAACUAGAUUUGAAGCUUUCGUGACUGCA